UGCAGAUGCAAAAACCAUGACGAGCGACACAAUUCGACAAACUCUCGACGAGCUGCUACUUGACAAGAAUGGCGGCAGCAGCAACGAGGCUCGCGCCUUCUUCUUAUCACAAAUUAUCGAUCAGCUGAAAUUGAUUAGUUCUCAGACCGAUGCAGAACGACAAUUGCAAAAACUACAACUAAAGGAUCCCAACGACAAUAUAGUCAAAGCCACGCCCCCUCCUCCGCCCCCGCCCCCGCCUUUAAUUUCAAUACUCCAACAGGCGCCUCCACCGCCUCCCCCACCGCCUCCUCCAACCCUAAAAGCUCCACCGCCACCGCCAAUUUUGGGCCUGAAAACACCUUCAAAAAGCCUAAAAACGCCCACGCCUCGGCCCAAAGAGUGUCCCACCUCGUUUUUGCCGAAAAAAGAGAAAAAGACGAAAACACGGACGGUUCAGUGGUCGAAAAUCAACGCGAGUGUGGUUCAGGACGACAGUGUCUGGGGUAAACUGGCGAAAGCCAGCAAUGUGGAUAUCGAUUUUGAUCUACUCGACAAUUUUUUUGGAAUUGAGAGCUUGGCGGUGUCGGGAGCCGCCGAGGUGGUCAAGAAAUCUACACGAAAAGACGCCCACGUAGAAUUAUUAACUGCAAAACGUAGUCAAAACGUGGCAAUCAUGCUGAAACAGUUCAAAAAUAUCGAUGAGCUCAUCGAUGACGUCAGCCAAAACAAGCCGGUCGCCGAAAUAGAUGCUUUGCAGAAUUUGUUUGGAAUGCUGCCGCAAAGUGAAGAGGAAGAAGCCCUACGACGAUACACCGGUGACAUUUCCCUACUUUCUCCUCCAUCGAGCUUUUUCUACCGUCUAGUGCAGAUUCAAUUCUAUCGCUUACGAAUAGAAACCCAAAUCUUCCUAAGCGAUUUCUCGCGUCUAAUGCGAGAACUGGCGCCAAACGUGGAGAUAUUGAUCCGAACAAGUCAAGAGAUUCUCACUUCGCCCACCUUGCCCCGCCUACUAUUGAUUUUUGUGAAUAUGGGAAAUUAUUUGAAUGGGAAUAACUCGCAAGGGAAUGCUUUCGGAUUUACACUGAAUUCAUUGUGGAAGCUGAUUGAUUUGAAGGGAAAUAAACAGGAAUUUUCAUUGUUACAUUUGCUGGUUACGUGCGAGCCGGACCUAGUUGCACAUCUCCAGGAAGAGCUCUCAACGCUGAAAGACGCUUCACAAAUCAGUUUCGACGAGAUCAAAAUCUCGCUGAAGACCCUACGAGAUGGGCGGUGCAAGUUGGAAAAGCAGCUUGAAACCUGCUCCGGCGCCAGCUUCACCCAAUUUCUGGAGCUCAUAAAAAUUGACUGCAAAUUUGAGCUAGACGAGUUUGGCGCCAACUAUGACAAGCUCACGGAGCUACAGUACCAGCUUGCCGACUAUUUUUGCGAGAACCGGAACACUUUCCAGCUCGACGAGUGUCUGAAAAUUUUCAAUUUUUUGAUGAAUCGACUUCAACAGACUUUAAAGGAACAUGUCACUCGGGAGACUAGAAAAUUGAAAAAAGAAGAGAAGAAGGAGACGCAGACGACGAGAGAAUGUGAAAAAACUAUGAAAAAACCAGAGAAAAUCGAUCUUUUCGAUGCUCUGACGGCAAGUAAUGGUGGUCCAGAAUCCCCUCGAAAACGUGCCGCAGGCAUUCUGGACAUGCGGCAAAAGUUGGGAAAUGUGAGAAUUCGAAAGCUCCGUGACGUCACAACUUUGGAGAGCAGUUUCACCCCACCACCACCACCACCACUCGAAUCACCGACCGACAGCACGAGCAGUAAGGAAAAUGAGUCGGUGAAGCCGGCGAAAACCUCGACAAAUUACGAAAUGUGCAACGAUUUGGAAAGCUAUAUUACUAGUUUGACCAGAAAAAGAGCUAGUCACUUGCCAAAAGCGCCACCUAAAGAAGAGCCAAAACUACCAGAAGUGCUUCCGGAGAAGUCGAAAAUCGCGCUGAAAAUCGAGAAAAUCCCCGAAAAAAUCGAUAAACCCCCAUUGCCACAAGCAGCACCAAUCAUACCAAAACUGCCACAAAAAUCGAUAAAAGCCCCGUCUACAGUAACCACCCGAUCGAAAGUUCCACCGCCGACAGCGGCUGCGGCGGUCCGUAUUGUCAGUGUGACGACCACAACAACUCCAACCAAAACGGCAGAGCUCAGGAAACCGGGCGCUCGGAGCCCGAAGACUACAGUAGCUACAGUACCAAAGGUUACUGUAGUUCCUGUGAGCAGAGUACCUGUGGCUCCGUCAACUCCGCUGAGCCGACGAAUGAGUGCUCCAGUAGUCCGGAAGCCAACUAUGACGGCUGAGAAAAAACGGGAGAUAACCAUGAAGCCGUCGGUAUCAACAUCUGCACGUCCUAGCCUCAUCAAUACCAGCUCCCACCCGAUGGUGAGGUCCCCACUGCCUAAAAUGAGUGUUCUGGAGAAGCCGAAGCCACUGCGGAUCACCCGACCUACAGUAAUUCCCCAGUCGCCUACAGUGACGUCAUCGGCUCGUCCGAGUGGUCUUCGGCAACCUGCUAAACCGAAAUGGGUGUAAUUUUCAGAUUUUCAGAUUUAUUUUCUUCAACAAUUGUGUUAGCAAGUCUUUUAUUUUUUUUCAAUUGUACAAUUAAUAAUAAACUGAUAUUUAUUCCUAAAU